AUGACCAGGACGAUGGGACGAUGGGACGAAGGAGUCCAGAAGGGGGAGGUUGAGGAUCGCUGGGAAAACCCCGCCAUUGCAACGGUGACUUUUGAAGUGGAAGAUCCGGUAGACGCCAUCCCGGAGAAAAGCCGUCCGACGAUCUGGAGAUCCGGACGCAAGCAGGAGGAGCCUGCGUUGAUUUGUGGACAUCCAGAACCCCUCGGUGUUCGUACGCUUCGCGUACAGGCCGGCACAGACGCAUUCGUCCGCCGUAAGCCACCCGACACCCGCGGUAUUCCCCGCGCGGUACAUCAUACCGCCGAGCACGAUCGCUCACGCACGAGGAUCGCCCGCGACACCGUUCCGGUGUGGGAACCGCCCUCGCGACGCCGCCAUUUUGGUCUGUGGACCAACCGUCGCGAGAUAAGACGCCAGCCUCGCCAGCCGUUAUACCAACCGACGCCGGAAACCAGGCAGACCGGUGGAUUCGACCGCCCGAGUUUGGGGCAAGGCAAGCAAGCAACGGUUCAACGGUUCAUGCCAUCUCACGGUAGUGGCUCGACCUGUGAGAUGCUGUGA